AUGGCCGAGAGCUCGUCAUCUUCAGCGGGCCCGGCUCUGCCGCGUCACUGGGAGAGCAUUGAGGCUGUGAACGCCGUCUUCCGCCAUGGCACCAUUGAGGCUACGAAGCGCCUGUGCGUUGGCAUCUUUCUUCGUGCCUUCACUGACGCACGGCAGGUGGCCGACCUCAUUCGAGUUGAUGGGGCGGGUCCCACUGUGAUGCCAGCGCUGCGGCUGCGUGGGUACCCGGCCGGCUCUGAGGAAUUCCCAUGCCUGGCGCUUGCCAUUGACAAUCUGACCGACUACGGCAUCCCAUCCAUCUGGGCAUCAGACAGCCGUGGUCCGCAUCCAGUCGCGUUGCCCAAGUGGCGGACACCCGAGCUGCAGGAUGACAUCAUCUGCGCGCUGCUCGAGGGAGGUGCAGACAUCAACGGGGAAGCCGCUGAUGAUCUGAACGGGCGGCGGCCCAUUCGAGUGGCCAUCGCGUCGUGCAAUGAGAGGGCCUUCCGCCUCUUGAUUGAGCGGGGCGUGCAGCUGAGGGGCCGGAUGGUCAUGCGGCUGCCACGGCUGGAUAGCAAAGACUCGCCGACGAAGGAGCACGAGGCCACACUGAUGUCCUUCUACCGACAGCUCAUCCAGAGAGACCCCACCCUCGCGACCGAUCGGGUGGUGUCAGGCGACACCCCUUCCGUCUUCUCGCAGGAGUUCUUCGACAGCCACAUGGACCUGAUUGUGAGCAACGGUGCGGACGUCAUGAGAGCGGGUGUCUCGUCGACGCCAUUGCUCAAUGCACCACUCUUGGGGUGCAACCGUGCAGCUGCCGCUCUGUGCCGCCAUCUCACGGCUGCCCAAGUUAACAGAGGGGGGCCACACAGCCCGAACCGCACGCCUCUGAUGGUUGCUGCUGAGCAGCUGGAUCGCGGCGCUGUGCUGGUGGAGGGCGGUCUCGCGGAUGAAGACGAGACGGCCCGGUGGAGGGUCGGAAGGAUUCAGCAUGACAUUCUCACCAUCAAUGUGCUGCUGAGAGCGGGGGCAGACAUCACCCGGCUGCCCACGGCAACCCAACAGGACCGCCGCCGUCACCAACGGGUGUUGGCGGAGUACAAGAAGGUGCUCAACGAGCUGGGCGAUGUGGUCGUGGCGGCCAUCAACGCCGCCCUCGCCCCCCAGCGCGACCACUCGAUGACGCUCGCCCGUCUGCUACCCCUGGCGCCCCAUCAUGACGGCGCCCGUCCCCACCCAACCCCCUCCAACCUCUCAUUCGGCCCACACGAGGCAGAAGGCAUUGGCUGGAAGAUUGGGGCGUUCCUGCACGAGCCCUCCGCUGCUGUGGCGACCAUCGAUGAAUACCUGAUGGGCGAGUCCCUGCUGAGGCGCCGCGUCCAUGCGGCUGUGCUGCAUUCCGUCAGCCAGGGCGCCACACGGACGAGCAGCAACCGGAAGGUGGUCGGGGGGACGCAGUAUGUGCAGCAGGAGGGAGGGGCGAAGCGCACCAAGGUGACGGUGCCGCCCCUGCAGUGCUUCGCCGCCAAUGGGGGGCAGCAGGGCGGCGGGCAGCAUCGGCUGCUGGGUGUGCGUGAGGUGGUGCAUCGGGCCCGGCUGGACGAGGCGACGCAGCACGGACUGCAGGGGGUGGAGAAGGGCUUCAACGCCGACCUCGGCAAUAGCGACUGCCAGUUCCAGUGGCAGCAGCUGGGAUAUGUCGACAGCAAUGGGGAGUUCAUCUCUCUCGCUGCAGCAUUCCAGACGCCACCCGCAGCAGCGCCAGCCGCCAGCGACCAUGGUGAUGGGGAGGAUGGGGAGGGUGAGGCGUCGGACAGCAGUGGGGACGACUUAGACGAUGACGAGGGCGAUGAGUUUGACGAUGGUGAGGGGUGGGAGGAGAGUAAUUGGGAUGACUUUGAUGAGGAGUUCAGUGAUGACUAUGACGAAAUGGACGAUUAGGGGCGGGUCAGUGAGCGGGCUGCCUGCUCGUGUUUCGUGCAUGCUUCAGUGCAUUUAAUCGUGGCAAUUUUAUUCCACGCGGACUUGUCGGCUGUGAAUGGCUUGUUUGUUGCCUUUGUAUCACAUCCUGU